AUGCUUGGACAGCUUUAUGAACUACGAGAAGAAGUAGCAAUAUUUCUAGAUUUGCUGCAGAAAGCAGAUCUCCAUGACAAGUUCCAGUUUGAAGGCUUUCAUCUAUCUCUAGCUUGUCUGGUGGACAUCUUCGAAGCGUUGAAUGCUCUCGACCUUAAACUACAAGGAGAAAACAUCAACAUUCUCACUAACUUUGAUUCUGAGUUAAAGGAACAAAUAAUCACUCAUCUAACUGACUUGAAAACAGAAUUCAUCAGAUACUUCCUAGACAUAGAUGAAAAAAAUGAAACUUGGAAAUUCAACAGGAAUCCAUUUCAGUGUGAAGUGACUGAUGUUUUGGAUGAAGUGCAAGAGGAGUUCCUUGAGCUGAAGUUCAACUCUCCAGCUAAGGAAGACUUCAAAGAACUGGAUCUUGAAACGUUCUGA